AUGUCUAGUAAGCCCAAAAAGACCAGCAGUCCAAAAGAUGCCACAAUUGAAGAAAUUUAUCAAAAGAAAACUCCAUUAGAACACAUAUUGCUUCGCCCAGACACUUAUGUAGGCUCUAUAGAGCUCCAAGACAGCAAACUGUGGGUAUGGGAUUCCAUUACUAACAAAAUGGUAUAUCGGCAAAUUCAGUAUGUCCCAGGCUUAUACAAAAUAUUUGACGAAAUCUUAGUAAAUGCACAAGAUAACUUUCAGAGAGACAAGAAAAUGAAUUCCAUACAAAUCACCAUUGACCGCGAAAAUGGGAUGAUAAGUAUCUGAAAUAAUGGCAAAGGAAUCCCUGUAGUCAUUCACCAAGAACACCAAGUUUAUGUCCCUGAGCUUAUUUUUGGUCAACUUCUGACUUCUAGUAACUAUGAUGACAGUCAGAAAAAAGUUACAGGUGGCAGAAAUGGAUAUGGGGCCAAACUGACUAAUGUUUUUUCUAAAACUUUUAUAGUUGAAACUGCAGACCCUGAAAAUAAGCAGAUUUUUACUAUGGAAUGGACUCAAAACAUGACUAAAAAGUCCAAGCCGAAGAUCACGAAAUAUAAUGGAAAAGGAAGCUAUACUCGCGUUACGUUUUAUCCUGACCUACAGAGGUUUGGUAUGAAUUGCCUAGAUAAAGAUAUAAUUGAUUUAAUGACAAAAAGAGCUUAUGAUAUGGCAGGAUGCAUAGGGAAAAAAGUAAAAAUAUUUAUUAAUGAUUUUGAAAUUCCUAUUAAAUCGUAGAAAUAAAUUGGUGGCAUUAACUGAAAUUAAUAUAGGACCCAUCCUUAUGGAGUUGAAAGCAGGGUAUCUGUGUCACUUUUUGAAGAAGGCCUUUAGAUUUGGGAUGCCUGCCGAAGAGGGAUGUUUUGCUUCUCCUCCGAAGGUUUUCCUUCCCUGUCAGAUAUAUGAGUAAGGUCUUGUCUAUCACAUAGUUUCUUUUCAUUGAAACCAUAGAGGCACUCUGCAGAAGGUGCACUCCCAUAAGGCUAAUCCCUUGGACAGAUGUUGAGGACGAAAAUCCUGAAGGGCGACCUUUGGAGCCAAGAUGCACAAAUGCUAGUGGGUUUACCGCUUAUGGCCAGCAUAGCCUGAUUUUAACUAUUAAAUCGUUCGAAGAUUAUGUUGGGUUAUAUUUGCAAAAUGAAGGAACCCCAAAAAUAUAUAGCCAAUAUGGAAAUAGAUGGGAAAUCGCUGCAACUAUAAGUGAUGGCACAUUUCAGCAGGUUUCUUUUGUUAAUGGAAUUUGUACAUCAAAAGGGGGAACUCACGUAAACCAUAUAACUGAUCAAUUAAUUGAUGCAAUUUCAGCAGCAAUUUCAAAAAAGCAUAAAAAAAUUGAAGUCAAAAAUAACCAAAUAAAACAGCAUUUGUGGGUAUUUAUUAAUUGCUUGAUCGAAAACCCUUGUUUUGAUUCUCAAACUAAAGAAAAUAUGACACUUAAGCCUUCUAAUUUUGGCUCGAAAUGCGAAAUUGAUGAGCAAUUUUUGAAAAAUUUAAUAAAAUGCGGGAUUAUUGAAAGCAUUGUUGCAUCUUCCAAUGCAAAAGCUGAAGUCCAGCUUGGGAAAAUAGUAAAAUCAAAGAAAAAUGAAAAAUUAUUUAUUAAUAAAUUGGAGGAUGCAAAUUUAGCUGGAACUAGCCAAGGAAAUAAAUGCUCAUUAAUUUUAACUGAAGGAGAUAGUGCUAAAGCCUUAGCUAUGGCUGGAAUUGAAGUGCUUGGAAGAGACAAAUAUGGAGUUUUCCCAUUAAAAGGGAAAUUAUUAAACGUAAGAGAAGCUUCACACAAGCAGCUUAUGGGGAAUGAAGAAAUACAAAAUAUUAUGAAAAUUGUGGGGCUACAGCCUAAUAAAGAAUAUACAGAUGUCAAUGGGCUUCGAUAUGGGUCAAUUAUGAUAAUGGCUGACCAAGAUCUAGACGGUUCACACAUAAAAGGCUUAAUCAUCAAUUUCAUCCAUUUCUUCUGGCCAAGCUUGCUUAAAAAAGACGGCUUUUUAAAAGAAUUCAUCACUCCUAUAGUAAAAGCCACAAAUGGGUCUCUAACGGUCUCAUUUUUCACAAUAAACGAAUUUUCAGAGUGGCUUAAAGAAGCCAAUCAUGACGAAUGGACCACAAAAUACUACAAAGGUCUUGGUACCUCUACAAGUAAAGAAGCCAAAGAAUAUUUCAGUAACCUUGGGAAGCACCAAAUUGAUUUUUCCUGGGAAAAUGAUACAAGAGAAAGUGACGCCAUUGAUAUGGCUUUUAGUAAAGCUCGAGCAGAUGAUCGCAAAAAAUGGCUGGCCAAUUUAAGCCCAGAAACUUAUUUAGAUAUGAAUGUUGAAAAAGUGUCUUAUUAUGAUUUUAUACAUAAAGAAUUGGUACUUUUUUCUAAUUAUGAUAAUAUUAGGUCAAUUCCAAGCUUAAUUGAUGGACUUAAACCAGGACAAAGAAAAAUCAUUUUUGCUUGCUUUAAAAGAAAAUUGUCAUCAGAAAUAAAAGUGGCUCAGCUUGCUGGGUAUGUGGCUGAACAUUCUGCUUACCAUCACGGAGAACAGUCAUUAGCAGCCACUAUUGUAGGACUUUCCCAAAAUUUUGUAGGGUCAAAUAAUUUGAAUUUAUUGGUACCAAUUGGACAGUUUGGUACAAGAGCAAUGGGUGGAAAAGAUAAUGCGAGCCCGAGAUAUAUUUUUACAAAUUUGUCAGAUAUAACGAGAAAAUUAUUUAUACAAGAUGAUGAUAAUGUAGUGAGUUAUCAGAAUGAAGAAGGACAAAGAAUUGAGCCUUAUUAUUAUGUGCCUGUAAUUCCUACUGUGUUGGUGAAUGGAGCAGAAGGGAUUGGAACUGGGUGGAGUACGUUUAUAGCUCCACAUAAUCCUAUUGAGAUUAUAAACUCGUAUAGAAAAAGAAUUGAAGGGUGCAGAUUUGAAGAAAAUAAGAUUUCCCCGUGGUUUAGAGGGUUCACUGGGACUAUUGAGAAUGUAGGAAACUCUUUUGAAAUCAGAGGGAAAUUCGAAACAAUAAAUGAAGACUGAAUAAGAAUUGCUGAGCUGCCGAUUGGAAAAUGGACAAGCGACUAUAUAACUUAUUGGCUAAAUUUCUUCUCUGAGCAGAUUUUUGUUAUAUAACUUAUCUAAAAAUUCACAAAUAUAGAAGCAGUUUAAUUAAUAUGCUAUAAAAAGCUUUUUAGAAAGCUUAAUGCAAGAAGAAGAUGCUUUUAUCACUGAAUUUAAAGAAUACCAUACAGACGACAGAGUAGAGUUUCAUGUCUGCAUUCCAACAUUGACUGAGCUUCCUGCUGACCAAUUAAUGAAAAAACUAAAACUUAUCUCCACCCUUAACUUAUCAAAUUUAGUUUUAUUCGACAGAGACAGAAAAAUCCACAAAUACUCAAACGUCUAUGAAAUAAUGGAAGAGCAUUUUAAUGUAAGAGCAGACUUUUACCAAAAAAGAAAAGACUAUUUAGUAGCAAAAUUAACAAAAGAAGUCAAAAUUCUAUCAAAUAAAGUCAGAUUUAUUAACGCACUCUCAGAUGGAGAAAUUUCUGUAUAUAAUAGGAUGAAAACUUUAAUUGUAGGAGAUUUAAAAAGAAAAGACUUUAUGUCAGCAAGCGAGCUGGAUAAUAUUUUUAAAGAAUCAAAUAACUCUGAUUUAGAUGAAGAUGAAAGAAGUGGGAUAAGGAAAAAAAUACCUUUAGAUGAGUAUGAUUAUUUAUUAAAUCUACCUCUAUGAUCAUUCACGUUUGAAAAGGUACGCCAGCUGAAAGCUGAAGAAGAAGAAAAAUCAGCACUGCUUGAAAAAUUAAUAAAUACCACAAUUUUUGAAAUGUGAAUAAAAGAUUUAGAUGAUCUGCAGCAAACUAUUGAAAGUCUAUGGAAUAAAGAAGAAAAUUCAAGAGAAAACCAAAUUGUUAGUAAUAUAAAUAAGAGAAAAAGAGGGAAAAAAGAUUCUCCAGAGGCCAUUAAGCCGGCUAAAAAACUAGAAUUAAACAGUAAUGAAGGAAAAAAAGCUGUGAAUAAAGAAAAAAUAGUUCAGAAAAAAUUGGCAGCAUUUAUUGAAGAUAAGGCAGAUAUGGAUAUAGAAGAAAACAAAGAAGAAAAAUUAGAAAAUGCGAAAAAUACAUUGAAAAUUAGUGAUAAACUCGAGAAAUUUCAGAAAGAUGAACCACAACAAAAUUCUAUUGCUCCGAUAAAAGAAGACUUCACAGGAAAUUUUAAUGCCCUGAAAGAGCUUCUAAAAAGUGUACCUUUAUCGGAGUCUGGAGAAAGCAGUGAAGGUUCCGAAUUUAGUAAUCCAUUUGGAGGCUCAUUAAAAAAGAAAAGACCAAGAGAUGAAGAAUCAAAUUCUAGCAGUUCAUUAGGUGAUCCAACAAAAACUGCUAAGUUGAGUAAAAAUCGUUCCUCUAAGCCCCAGUCUUCAGCUAUUUCCAACGAUGAAGACUAA